AUGAUACCGAGUGUUCUAAGAAAUGGAGAAAAAGUAAAGAGAAAUUUUCUUCUUUACUCUGAAAGUACAGGAAAACUAUAUUGCGUUCCUUGUCGGAUAUUUGAUGGAGUAUCUAGUUUUUCUAUUCAUGGAUUUUCUGAUUGGAAAAAAGCUAGAGUUAAACUUUCUUCUCAUGAAAAUUCAAAUCAUCAUAGAUUUUGUGUUUUAAUAAUGAAAGAUAGAAGUGACGUUUUAAAAAGAAUUGAUUCAAAAUUAUUGCUUCAAAUGGAUACAGAAAUUCAAGGAUUGUCAUUCAGAGGAGAUAAUGAAAUAUUUGGUUCAACACAUAAUGGUAAUUUUAUGAUGGCUAUUGAACUUAUUGCAGAGUUUGAUCCUUUUUUGGCUCAACAUAUAAAAACAUAUGGACAUUCAGGAAAAGGUCAUACAUCGUAUCUGUCUUCCCACACUUAUGAACAAUUUAUUAUUGUUAUGGCAAAUCAAGUAACUGAUCAAAUCAUAAAAGAAGUUCACAAAGCACGUUAUUUUUCAAUAAGUGUGGACUCAACUCCAGAUAUUUCUCACAAAGAUCAACUCUCUUUUAUUUUACGCUAUGUGUCUGAAAAUGGAAAGCCUGUAGAACGUUUUUUAUGUUUUAUUGAAAAUAGUGGUCAUAAAGCAGAAGAAUUGAUAGAUGCAGUUUUUACUGUAAUUAACUCCUAUAACAUUGACAUAUCUUACCUUAGAGGACAAACUUAUGAUAACGCAAUGAAUAUGUCCGGACAAUAUAGUGGAUUACAAGCUAGGAUUAAAGAAAUUAAUCCUUUGGCUGAUUACAUACCAUGUUCAGCACACUCAUUAAACCUUAUUGGUACAUGCGCUGCAAGUUGUUGUAAAAAUGCUUCUUCAGUAAAAGAGUUAUCUGCAACACGUUGGUCUGCACGAGAAGAUGCAUGUAGAAGCUUAAAUAAUUAUUGGGAUAGAGUAAUCAGUGCUCUUAAAGAAAUUAAAAAUAAUGAUCAACAAAAGGCACAAACGCGAUGUGAAGCGAAAGGUAUUUUGAAAAGUUUGGCUUGCUUUGAAAAUAAUUUAAUGUCUAUAUUUUGGGGAGAUCUUCUUGGACGUUUUAAUGCUGUGAGUAAAAAGUUACAGUCAAUCGAUAUUGACUUGUAUUUAGUGGUUGAAUUGUAUGAAUCGCUCAUUCAAUAUAUUUCUAAUCUUCGUAAUGAAAAAAUGUUUAAAAUGUAUGAAGAUCGAGCUUCUAAAUUACAUGGAGGUGACACAGAAUAUAAAUUAGAUGUACAAAGAAAGAGGAAAAGAAAAAUUUUCUACGAUGAACCACAAGAUGAACUUAAUUUUUUUUUGAAAUGUGCUGAAAACUUAUGUAAAAUAUACAAAGAUGACUUAGAUAAAAGCUUUUGUAAUGAAUGUGUACACUUCCAAAGUCAUAUUAAGUCUCUUAAAGAUAAAGCUCCAAAAAAUAUUCGGGACCUAAGUACACUGAUACGAUCCAAAGAUUUACAAACAAUCUAUCCAUAUGUGGAUAUUGCACUUAGAAUGUUUCUGUGUACACCAGCAACGAAUUGUUCUUCAGAAAGAUCUUUUUCAACCCUGAGAAGAUUAAAAACAUAUCUUAGAUCGGUCAUGAAUAAUGAUCGUUUAAAUGCUUUAGCUGUACUAAAUAUUGAAAGUGAACUAACUUCUAGCAUCAAUUAUGAUAACAUAAUUAAAGAAUUUGCCGAGUCACAAUCCAGAAAAAAAAUUUAA